AUGCGGCUGCCCGAGCAACCUGGAGAGGGGAAGCCUGAGCAUGAGGAAAAGUGGGGAAGAGGAGCCCCUGGAGGGGGAGAGGAGCCGCCGAGGAGCCAGGCCCCCGACUUCCCCACUUGGGAGAAGAUGCCUUUCCACCAUGUGACCGCCGGCCUGUUGUACAAGGGGAAUUACCUCAACCGGUCCCUCUCUGCUGGCAGCGACAGCGAGCAGCUUGCUAACAUCUCCGUGGAGGAGCUCGAUGAAAUCAGAGAGGCCUUUCGGGUUCUGGACCGAGAUGGGAAUGGCUUCAUCUCCAAGCAGGAGCUGGGAAUGGCCAUGCGCUCCCUGGGGUACAUGCCGAGCGAGGUGGAGCUGGCCAUCAUCAUGCAGCGCCUGGACAUGGACGGGGAUGGCCAGGUGGAUUUUGAUGAAUUCAUGACAAUUCUUGGCCCGAAACUGGUGUCUUCAGAAGGCCGUGAUGGUUUUCUUGGAAACACAAUAGACAGCAUAUUCUGGCAGUUCGACAUGCAAAGGAUAACUCUGGAAGAGUUGAAGCACAUCCUCUAUCACGCCUUCCGGGACCACUUGACAAUGAAGGACAUUGAGAACAUCAUCAUCAACGAGGAGGAGAGCCUGAAUGAUACCUCGGGGAACUGCCAGACAGAGUUUGAAGGAGUGCACUCCCAGAAACAGAACAGGCAGACCUGCGUCCGGAAGAGCCUCAUCUGCGCCUUCGCCAUGGCCUUCAUCAUCAGCGUCAUGCUGAUCGCCGCCAACCAGAUCCUGCGGAGCGGCAUGGAGUAG